CCCGGUUCCGGUUCCGGUUCGGUGCCGGUGCCGGUUCGGUGCCGGCCUGGGCCCCCGCCCCAGCGGCGGUAUGGAGCCGGCCGAGGCCGAGUUCCUGGCCGAGAAGGAGCUGGUGACGAUCGUGCCCAACUUCAGCCUCGACCGGAUCCACCUCAUCGGGGGAGACCUGGGUCCUUUCAAUCCUGGCUUGCCGGUGGAAGUGCCUGUCUGGUUGGCCAUUAAUCUGAAGCAGAGGCAGAAGUGUCGGCUGAUUCCUCCGGAAUGGAUGGAUGUUGAAAAGCUGGAGGAAAUCCGGGACCGGGAACGUAAAGAGGACACCUUCACUCCGAUGCCCAGCCCCUAUUAUAUGGAACUCACAAAGCUGCUGUUAAACUAUGCCUCUGACAACAUCCCCAAAGCCGACGAGAUCCGGACGCUGGUGAAGGAUACCUGGGACACCCGGAUCGCCAAGCUGCGGCUCUCCGCGGACAGCUUCGUCAGGCAGCAGGAGGCUCACGCCAAGCUGGAUAACUUAACCCUGAUGGAGAUCAACACCACCGGGACUUUCCUUACUCAAGCCUUAGAUCACAUGUACAAGCUCCGGACAAACCUCCAGCCUGGCGAGAGUGCCCGCUCCCAGGAUUUCUGAGGAAUGAGCCAGGAGAGGGCAGUGGAAGGGAGCAGGCUCCGUUCCUCACCCCUGGACCUUCAUCUGGCCACCCUCUACAGAUCUUUCCGAAGCCACCUGAACCUCCUGUCCCCUCCUCUGCCUGCAACUCCUCCUUGGCUGCGGGCAGGCAGGCAGGGGAGAGAGCAGGCAGCCUCAUGGCUGGAUGGGAAUCACUCUGGAGCUUCCGAUGGCACAGGAGCAUCCCUGCCUGGAGCUCCUACCUGCUGCCUCUUUGCAGAGGUGGCCUCUCUCUUGGGUUCAAAGAUCUAUCUGGGUGCAGGUGGUGGCUUGCCAGCGCCUGGCUGCUGUCUAAUGAUGUCAGGCAGAUCUCUCUGCCCCGGAGAGCGUGGGUGUACUUCAUAGAGGGAACUUCUGAGGGCAGCACAGGCCACACACUGGCUUGAAAAGCAAUAAAUUUCCAGGCGGUGCUUCGCCGUGAAUUUUCUCAGAGCCUUGGAGAAAGAGGAAAAAAAAAAAAAAAAAAAAAAAAAAAAAAAAAAAAAAAAAAAAGGGGGGGAAGAUGUGCCGGCAAGGAGAGGUGUCUGCUGCUCUGCUGGGGAGGAGAUCAGCUGGGAAGCAGAUCCAUCUGCUCUUUGGAGAAGGACAAAAGAAAAUGGCUUUCUCUCUCCAGAGCCAGGCUGUCUUGUAAUAUCGUAUGUCUGACUUUUCAGAUAUUUUUUUUUAAAAAAGAAAAAAACGGUGCGUGUAAA